AUGAACAUCCGGGAUCUCAGGUUCAACGAGAUCGAGCACCUGCCACCGGGCAGCUUUCUGCGCAUGCGCAACCUCAACACACUACUCCUCAACAACAACAAGAUCGGCCAGCUGAACAAGGGCACGUUCGCGGGGCUGGACGACCUGCGCUAUCUAUAUAUGUACAAAAAUAGGAUACGCCACAUUGAUAGCGAGGCUUUCCACGAUAUGCCGAAGCUAGAACAACUGUACCUGCAUUACAAUUACAUUGAGGAUGUCAGCGCGGAAACGUUCAGCAACCUACCGUCCAUCGAGCGCCUGUUCCUGCACAACAACAAGCUGCAGCGGAUACCCUACGGCGCAUUCAGCAACCUGACCUCCCUGAAGCGACUACGGCUAGACAGCAACGCUCUGAUCUGCGACUGCCGCAUGCUGUGGCUGGCGCACAUGCUGAAGGAGCACGCGUCGCGGUCGGUAGCCAGUGCCACCUGUCAGGAGCCGGCCGAACUAAACGGCCGCAGUAUAGCCGACAUCGAGGAUCAAAUGUUGCGGUGCUCGGCGCCCCAGCUCACAGAGCAGCCACGCAACGUAGUCAUCACGUUCGGCAAGACAGCUUACUUCCACUGCGAGGCGGAUGGCGAGCCGCAGCCCGACAUCGUCUGGCUGCACAACAGGAACGAGCUCGACCCGGAGAAUAUGGAGGCCGGCUACCAGAUCCUGGAGGAUGGCACGCUGAUGGUGGAGCCGUCCAGCGACCCGGACGCCGUGUUUGAGUGCAUGGCCAAAAACCAAAUGGGGCAGGUGAAGUCGCGGCCGGUGACGGUGCGUUACGUGCCCUCCUCGCCGCAGCAGGACGACGGGAUGCCGCACCCGGGAGCGCCCGAGGAGGCGCCGCUCCCACCACCCCCGCCGCCCGCCGUCCCCAGGAGUCGCGAGGAGGAGCUCGCCAAGGAGGAGGAGGAGGAGCGGCCGGCGCGGCGCGAGCGCCAGAGCUACUACGACCGGCGGAGCCGCGUGCUCGACAGCAGGAACCGCGAGGACAACCGACUGACGACCCAGCGGCGGCCGUUCCAGCUGCCGGGCCGCACCAGGGAGGACAACCUGGCCACACACAGUCGGCCGCGGUUUGUGCGUGCCCCGCAGGACGUGCACGUGGGCGUGGGUGACGUGGCCGAGCUGGUGUGCGUGGUCGACGGCUACCCGACGCCGGAGCUGCUCUGGCUGAGAGGCGGCAACGCCAUCACCACCCAGACGCCUCGCUACCGGCUGCGGUUCGCGGCGCGCGAAGCCAACCUGACUAUCAUCAACGUGCAGCCGCAAGACGCCGGCGAGUACCUCUGCUCGGCGUCCAACCGGCUGGGGCGCGUGUCGUCGCCCGCGCAGCUGGUGCUGCAGAGUGAGUUCACGGCCGCUCCACGUAUCGCACUGACGUGCCGCGCCUCCGGCUCGCCGCUGCCGGAGAUCACCUGGAGAAGGGUCGGCGGCAACCUGUUCGCCGACGGAUCCGUCACAGGUCGGGCUGGGUCGCAGGACGGCGGCAUUUACGAGUGCAACGUCGCCAACGGCGUGGGCCACCGCUGUGGCUACCACACACCUGGCCGUCGCCGCUGGCCCAGGUUCCCCACGGACGAGGCGCUGGACCAAGCGCGCGCUGGCGAGAUCUUCGAGCGCGCCCUGGAGCUGGUCAAGCGGCUGGUGGAGUCCGGAUCCCGUUUCAACCUCACGACAUACUCUUACUCGGACCUGCUGUCGCCGGGCCAGAUGGAGCGGCUGCGCGACCUCUCCGGCCUGCUCGUCCCACCGGCGCCGCCUCAACUGCAGCAACAUCUGCUUCCACAGCCGCUACCGCAGCGCCGACGGCACCCUGCCAACAACCUGCAGCAGCCGCUCGAGGUCAGCUUUGACGGCCAGCACGAGUGCGACAGGUCAGUGGUGGCCAGCACGGCGGUGAAAACCCAUUGGUCCGGCCAGUCGGCGCCCCAGCUCACAGAGCAGCCACGCAACGUAGUCAUCACGUUCGGCAAGACAGCUUACUUCCACUGCGAGGCGGAUGGCGAGCCGCAGCCCGACAUCGUCUGGCUGCACAACAGGAACGAGCUCGACCCGGAGAAUAUGGAGGCCGGCUACCAGAUCCUGGAGGAUGGCACGCUGAUGGUGGAGCCGUCCAGCGACCCGGACGCCGUGUUUGAGUGCAUGGCCAAAAACCAAAUGGGGCAGGUGAAGUCGCGGCCGGUGACGGUGCGUUACGUGCCCUCCUCGCCGCAGCAGGACGACGGGAUGCCGCACCCGGGAGCGCCCGAGGAGGCGAGUCGCGAGGAGGAGCUCGCCAAGGAGGAGGAGGAGGAGCGGCCGGCGCGGCGUCGGCCGCGGUUUGUGCGUGCCCCGCAGGACGUGCACGUGGGCGUGGGUGACGUGGCCGAGCUGGUGUGCGUGGUCGACGGCUACCCGACGCCGGAGCUGCUCUGGCUGAGAGGCGGCAACGCCAUCACCACCCAGACGCCUCGCUACCGGCUGCGGUUCGCGGCGCGCGAAGCCAACCUGACUAUCAUCAACGUGCAGCCGCAAGACGCCGGCGAGUACCUCUGCUCGGCGUCCAACCGGCUGGGGCGCGUGUCGUCGCCCGCGCAGCUGGUGCUGCAGAGUGAGUUCACGACGGCGCCGCCGCAGGACCAGCUGAGGCCGGCCGGAGCCAACGUCGACCUGACCUGCGGCGCCGUCGGCUACCCGACGCCCGAGGUCAGCUGGCUACACAACGGUCGCCGCAUCCGGCACAGCUCGCGCGUGGCUGUGCUGGCCGGAGGCGGGGUGCUGCGAAUCUCCAACUUGCAGCACCACGACGCGGGCACGUACACGUGUGAGGCCAGGAACGAGGCGGCCGUAGCCAGGGAGGAGGCCGAACUCGAUGUCAGCGGCCAUGCGGGUCCGGUGCUGACCGAGCGACCGCCCAUGACCCUGACGGCCGCCCUCGGCGAAAGUAUCGCACUGACGUGCCGCGCCUCCGGCUCGCCGCUGCCGGAGAUCACCUGGAGAAGGGUCGGCGGCAACCUGUUCGCCGACGGACGUCACAGUGCCACGACGGACGGAGCCUUGACCCUGAGGACCCUGACCGCCCAGGACGGCGGCAUUUACGAGUGCAACGUCGACAACGGCGUGGGCCACGCUGUGGCUACCACACACCUGGCCGUCGCCGCUGCCCAGACGUCGUCCGCCCGUCCCGGAGACCAGUUCGUCAGCCAGAGCGCGGCAGAAGCGACGCGCGAUGUCGAGAUCGCGCUGAACCGUACCCUGCGUCAGCUGUUCUCACAGCCGCGCCACCAUCGCCGCACGCCGCACGAGCUGCUGCAGAUCUUCAGGUUCCCCACGGACGAGGCGCUGGACCAAGCGCGCGCUGGCGAGAUCUUCGAGCGCGCCCUGGAGCUGGUCAAGCGGCUGGUGGAGUCCGGAUCCCGUUUCAACCUCACGACAUACUCUUACUCGGACCUGCUGUCGCCGGGCCAGAUGGAGCGGCUGCGCGACCUCUCCGGCUGCUCGUCCCACCGGCGCCGCCUCAACUGCAGCAACAUCUGCUUCCACAGCCGCUACCGCAGCGCCGACGGCACCUGCAACAACCUGCAGCAGCCGCUGUGGGGCGCCUCGCUGGUCGGCUUCCGCCGCCUGCUGCCCGCCCAGUAUGAAAACGGCUUCAAUACGCCCCGAGGAGCCGACCGAUCCUCCCGAUACAACGGCUUCCUGCUGCCGAACCCACGCCUGGUCAGCUCGCGGCUGGCCGCCACCGACGUCAUCACCGAGGACACCGAGUUCAGCGCCAUGCUGAUGCAGUGGGGGCAGUUCGUGGACCACGAUAUGGACCACGCGCUGCCCGCCUUCAGCGAGGUCAGCUUUGACGGCCAGCACGAGUGCGACAGCACGUGCCAGAAUGUGGCGCCGUGCUUCAACAUCGCCAUCCCGCCGGGGGACCGGCGCCAAGGCCAUCACCGCUGCAUGCGGCUGGUGCGCAGCUCGGCGGCCUGCGGCUCCGGCUCCACCUCCGUCUUCGGCCACCAGCUGAUGCCGCGCGAGCAGAUCAACGGCCUCUCCAGCUUCAUCGACGGCAGCAUGAUAUACGGCAACACGGAGACGCAGGCGCACCACCUGCGAAACCUGAGCUACCCGUCGGGUCGGCUGAGGAACGGCAUCUUCUCUCGCCCGCACCGGCCGUUCAUGCCCUUCAACGACGGCGUGCCGGUGGACUGCCAGCGCGACCAGGCGGACCGCAGCGACAUCGGCUGCUUCAUGGCGGGAGACGUGCGCGCCAACGAGCAGCUGGGCCUGUCGGCCAUGCACACGGUCUGGCUGCGCGAGCAUAACCGCGUGGCGGACGAGCUGGCGCGCCUCAGCCCGCAUUGGCACGGCGAGGAGCUGUACCAGGAGGCGCGCCGCGUGGUGGGCGCCCAGAUCCAGCACAUCACCUACCGACACUGGCUGCCGCUGGUGCUCGGCCCGGACGGCAUGCGCCAGCUCGGUGACUACGCCGGCUACGACCCGACCGUCGAGCCGACGAUCAGCAACGCCUUCGCCACGGCCGCGUUCCGGUUCGGCCACGGCCUGGUGGGGCCGGUGCUGCACCGGCUCAACGAGACGUUCCAGCCGAUCCCGCAGGGCAAUCUGCCGUUGCACCGGGCUUUCUUCGCGCCCUGGCGGCUGGUGCAGGAGGGCGGCGUGGACCCCAUCCUGCGCGGUCUGUUCGCCAGCCCGGCCAAGGUCCACACGCCCGACCAGCUGCUGAACGCCGAGCUGACCGAGAAGCUCUUCUCGCUGCACCACCAGGUGUCGCUCGACCUGGCCGCCAUCAACAUGCAGCGCGGCCGCGAUCACGGCCUGCCCGGCUACAACGCCUGGCGCCGCCACUGCGGCUUGCGCGCCGCCGCCAGCUUCGCCGACUUCGCGCGCGAAAUCCGCAGCGCGCGCGCCCGCGACGAGCUGCGCCAGCUGUACGGUCACCCGGACAACGUGGACCUCUGGAUCGGCGGCAUGCUGGAGGAGCACGCGCCCGGCGCCAAGAUGGGGCCGACGUUCGUCUGCCUGCUGGCCGACCAGUUUCGCCGGCUCCGCGACGGCGACCGGUUCUGGUACGAGGCGGCCGGCGUGUUCACGCCCGGCCAGCUGGCGCAGCUGAAGCAGACAAACCUGGCGCGCAUUCUCUGCGACAACGGCGACGCGCUGCACCAGGUGGCGCGUGAUGUGUUCCGCGUGCCCGAGCGACAGUCGCCGCGCAUCAUCGACUGCGAAAGCACGCCGCAGGUCGACCUGCGCAUGUGGGUCGACUGCAAGAGUUGCCGAGGCGAGGAUUGUUCAGCGGAGGGAGCGCGGCCGGGCCGAGCACGCCGCUCCGUGCUGCUCUCCACCCACAACCACCUGACGGACCCGGCUCCGGCUCCGGCUCCGGCUCCGGCUCCGUCUCCGGCCCCGGCCGCGGCUCCGACUUCGGUUCCGGCUCCGGCGGUGGCCGAUAUUUACCACAUGGAGGACGUGACUGAGGAGCGCAUCCAGGGCCUGGAGGAGGUGAUGGCGCGCAUGCACCGCUCGCUGGUGCGCAUGAGAAAGCAGCUGCGCCGGCUGCAGCAGAGUGAGCUGGGGCGCCGCCAGCAGAGACGGAGGCACCGGCGGCUGACGGCGCCCGGCCGGUCCAGGCCCGGCCGGGACUCUCGGUCGUAGCCGGCGCGCUGCCAGACCGGACGGGCAGUCCGACCCUGUGAUACUCUCCCGGAGCGGUCCGAGCUGGCGCCCCGGCUCGAGACGAACCCCUCACUGCCAGCUGCCGGCCGCGCCGCGCUGCCUGAACCGCGCGGCCGCCGCCAGCCGCGACUCCGCUCCCUGCCGCCAGGGGCGCUGCUUACAGUGCCGGCUCGUGCCGGUGUCAGCUGAUGCGAGCUUUCUCGCCUCACAACGCGCACGUCCGAUGGUGCACUCAGCAAGAUAUAAAUGCUUACGAUACUAAUGUAGGAUUAAUAUACUGAUUUUUUCAA